UUUGCAAUGUGAUGAUGUCACUACGUAGCGACGCUCGAUCGAAUGACACGUACAGUUAGUAAACAAGGAUAGCCAUAAAGUUUUUGUCGAAGGAAAGAAAAGACAAGGAAUAAAGCUAGCUGGCUAACGUUAGUGCCAAGUACGUUUAUGGUAUGUAUUACUAUUUUCUUCGUUAACAUUUUAUGCUGUUUUAGCUAACGUAACUAUUUGAGUUUAAAUUAUGUCUAAGUAACGUUAGCUAGCUAGUGUAGUUAGUUAACGUUAACUAACGCACAGUCUCGUUGGUAACUUUACAUGAAUCUUUGUCAUUUCCUUGUUUUUAGAUCUGCCAAGAUCUCAGAAACCUGACACAAUAUGAACGUGUUUGACCGCAGCAUCAAAUUGGAUGUUCUCCUCAAGUUCUCCCAAAUGUAAGCAGAAUGCAGAUAAUAAUGCUCUGUAUAAUGCAGCGCCAUACCAAGGAUAAUUACAACUAACCCAAGAUAGUUAAUCUGUUGUUUUCAAUGGGAACAAAUGAAACAUGGUGGAUAGAACAAGUAAGGGCAGAGCCAAGCACGAACUAGCAUGUAUUUGCAUAUUUAUUUUCUUUAGCAAAAAAAUCAUUCUGUGGAGUGCGUGUGUAAUAACUCAAUUCGCCCUUACACUCCUUCCAAAGAACGCAAUUUUUUAGAAACUUUGACAUGGGUCACGUCUACAAAACAGAACUGUAUUGAGAUCUGGCUUUACUUUGAUGAGAAAAUCAGCAGAAUGCCAGCCCAGUUCCAUCUCGCUCCAUACUCUCCCACUGCCAGCCACUGACUGGGCUUCCUCUCCUCACCAUAUUUGAUGGGGAAUGGAAAUUCCAACUGGAUGCUUCAGAUUUAUACAUCCGGUGAAACCUUGUUCUAUCUUUCCAUGCUUAUAGUAGCUAGCUAAGUUACUGAGAUGACAUGGUUAACACAAUGCUUUUCCCAGUUCCCAAUCUACCCAGUUACACCUGAAGAAUGUCUACUCCAGCUUGGCAGUUUGCAUGUUCGUGGCUGCAGCAGGCUCCUACGUCCAUGUUGUCACACGGCUCUUUCAGGUAAACAGCAAGCACACCACCCGAUAAUAAUAGACAAACAUUGGUAAAUACAGUAACGUUCAGAUAGAUUUUAGGCAAUGGUGAAGCUAUAACUACUAAAAAAUACUACUGGCUUUAUCCUAUUCCACUAGGGUGGUUUGCUGACUCUUCUGGGUUCCCUGGGCAUGGUGGUUUGGUUGUCCAUGACGCCACACAACCCAGAGACUGAGAAGAAGAGACUGGCUAUCCUUGCAGGGUUUGCUUUCUUCACAGGUAAAUUCAGGGCUCAAGACAGACAAUUUUGUCUCUUAUUGACUGUUAAUUUGUCAGUCAUUGGGGGAAAAAAACUAAUUGUUAUAAAACAGGUUGUUUGGAUCCUGGAUGCUGAUUGGUUGAUAGCAGGGAGUUAGUUAUUCACCACAAUCCCAGGGUAAUGCCAGUUAACAGUUCAAUGUAAAUGAUCAAUGGGCAUCCACUGUCCAUUGCAAUUCACAGCCAGGCAAUUCAUGAACUUAAUCUCCCCUGAAGUCAAAUUGACUUUUUCUUUCUCACCAGGUGUUGGUCUUGGACCGGCAAUGGACUUUGUCAUCACCAUUAACCCAAGGUAGAACAUCUAGGCCUAUGUGCUAUUAAAUAUUGUUGGAAAUAAUUUCUUAGGACUAUUUGUUAUUCAAUUGAGUCAAGAAGACUUUGUCCUUAAAUUGUGUCUUUGUCUGUCUGGUCUCUCUCUAGCAUCAUUGUGACAGCCUUCCUUGGAACCUCAAUCAUCUUCGUCUGCUUCACUCUCAGUGCCCUGUACGCCAAGCGUAGGAGCUACCUCUUCCUAGGAGGUACAAAGAUGUUCUACGCUAUUCAGUAGCAUAGUUAUCUGUUCUGGUCAUAUCUUAACUAACUUGAAUAAACCCCUUUGCUCCUUGAGGAGCACAAGUCAUUCACAAAUGUCACAGAAUUCGUGUUAAUUUAGUCAAGAUAUAACCCCCCAAAAAUAUAUUGAAACAAUGUGUUCGUUUUCUUCUCAGGUACUCUGAUGUCUGGCGUAUCCAUCUUGUUCCUGGUGUCUGUGGUGAACAUGUUCUUUGGAUCAGCGAUACUCUUCAAGGUAGCCUAAAUAUUUAUAGAGCCAUCUCUCACGACUUGGAUGUGAAGUGAUUCCACUCAUACAUUUGGAAGUGUGUAAUAUAAUUGUGUGAGGAGGUCUCACUCAGCAAGGUGACUCAGAUGUAACAUGGCUCUUCUCUUCACUAACAGGCUCACAUGUACCUGGGGCUGGUCAUUAUGUGUGGCUUUGUUCUGUUCGACACUCAGCUCAUCAUUGAGAAAGCAGAGAACGGAGACAAGGACUACAUCUGGUAAAGCUUUAUAAUAUUCCACCAAAUAAGCAGUUGUAAAACGUUUUACUUGCUGGUGUAUUAGAAUGAAAUAUAUAUUUUAAAUGAAGUAAUUGUUUUUCUUUUGAAAGGCAUUGCGUGGACCUGUUCCUCGACUUUGUGACCAUUUUCAGAAAACUCAUGAUUCUUCUUGCCAUGAAUGAGAAGGUAAUGUUUUAUUUUCCCCAAAGACAGAAUAUUAAUCUCAUGUAAUGUUGACUUUUUCUCAUACUAGCACAUUUCACAAUAUGCAAAUGGUGAUAUUUGAUAUUUUCAGGACAAGAAGAAAGAGAAGUAGAUCCAGUUGAAGUUUCAAAUUAAAAAUGAACUGUGACAAGGAACACAACCAGUGUCUGCAGUACUAUUUGUCAUUCUUGGUUACUUUUUGUGCUUUGAUUUGUGCUUGCAAAAGGAAGUUAUGAUAAGGUUGUAUUUUAGGCCACUGCUGCAGUGAUAAUGCUUGUCCUGUAGGUAGAGUAGUUGUAUGAAGGCCUACAUAAGCAGAACUGAACUCUUUUUGUGCCAUAAAAAAAAAACGAAUACAAGGUUUUCAGCA